AUGAACUCCAGAACGCCGUGUGUGAUACUCUACGCAGUGUCGCUGGUGGUGUGUGUGGUGGUGAUUUUUUCCCUGAACAAGUAUGAGAGGCAAGGGGUGCCUCUGCACAAGCUGAGCAGUACCUCUGCCCUGGUGAAGGAGAUUUACAAUGCGAAGGGAUGGGAAAAGCCAAAGGGAUGGGAGAAGGCAAAGGGACGGGAGGAGCCAAAGGGGGAAAGACCAAACUGGUCCAAUGAGAGGUUAUCCCAAUUGAGCAUAAAACUGUUUAUUGUGUCGACUAGUGAAGAAGGAAGGAGCGAUUCGUUGGGGACAAAAAUGAAGGAAUAUUUUUCUAGCCAAAUUGAGUUUGAGUGCAAGGAUAAGCCAGCUGCACAGAGCAUCUCCGAUGUGCAGGAGUUGUUUUAUGUGGACCCACUCCUCGUUAGUGGAGACGAAAUGAGAAGUGAUGACAAUCGGGAGUUUGCAAAUGUAUGCUUGAGUAGCUCCCCAGAAAACGGUACCAUCCAUAAUAUGCUGAACAAUAGAUAUAUCAUAUGUUUAAGUGAAAAUCGAGAGGAGAAAGACACAAAUGUUGCUUUCACGCUGAAAAGGAGCAACACCAUUCACGUGAAGUUCAGCCAACAGGGAGAUAACCCUACCACUUACUAUCAACGAUCGAUUUUUUUUAGCCCCGAAUUGGAUUUGAACUUUUAUUUGGCUAGCAGUUUGUACAACGAGGGGAAUUACAAAGUAGGGAAGUACAACACGGCUGGGAGGGGGAGAAACAAAAAUGGUGGCGAGUCGAAGGGUCCACAGGGUGGCGAGUCGAAGGGUCCACAGGGUGGCGAGUCGAAGGACCCACAGGGUGGCGAGUCGAAGGGUCCACAGGGUGGCGAGUCGAAGGACCCACAGGGUGACGACCCAAACGGAUAUGCUUCCUACGUGAAUAUCGCCACUUGGGAUUUUUACGACCAGGUGUACUACCCCUACUUGAGAAACUUCACCGAGCAACUUAUGAACGUUUUUCAAAUAAACAUCUACACGCAAAUUAUUGGGAAUAUCGAUUUAUUUAAAAUUUCGGAGAAGACAAAGGAGGUGGGAGACAAGCGAGUGAUCAUCCUCGACAAGGUAACCAAAUUGACAAGCAUUUUUGACGAUGUUACUUUUGGUGACAUUAUCAGAAGGCCAACAUAUCACAUUCCGAAAAGCAUUAACUUGAUGGCUGUCUUCCCCAGUGGUGAGGAAAUCUUUUUUUACAACCCCGCCACGGGGAAGCUCGAAACGACUGUUUCCUUUGCAGAGUGGGGCGUCCUGCACAUAAACGGGGCACUCCAGCGGGGGGAGGAGCAGCAGCAGCAGAAGGAGGCGGAGAAGAAAACGGGCGAGAGAAAAAAAAAAAAGUAUGUCAGUGUGUCAGAGGAGGCUCCCCUGAUUAGCGGCCACUUCAUUUCCCAUUUGAGACAAUAUUUGGGACUGGGACCCAAAUUUUCUGAUUACAUUUAUACCAUUUUCGAUGCAGAAAAGUAUGAUAUAAAAUAUGUGCGAAGUGAGUCCACCGAUGAGGGGAACUCUUUUUUGUAUUCCGUCAGGAGUGAGGAUAAACUACAGCUUUACUUUUUGUACGAAAUCCCUGUGAGACAUGGUAUUUUCCCCUUUGAGCUUUUGGCCCUCAUGCGAGAAGCUUACGUCUACUACGUGGUGGAAUCGCUGAGCAAUCUGGGCAAGUUCGUAUCGAUAUCGAAUGUGAGCAUUUAUUUUAGAGUCCCCAUGCACGCUGUGCACGUUUUUAAUGACAUCCUGGAUAAGGUUAAAUGCAGCUUGGAGCUGAUGCGCGGGGCGGAUGGCUGCAAAAACUCUCACUUGGGGAAAUUCGUUCGGGAGACCUUUCAGUCGUACGGUGGUGGCACCAGUGGAGAUACCCACGAGGGGGAUAACCGGCGCGGGGAGGCUGCACGGGUUGAGGAGGCGGCGCGGCUAAGGGAAACAUACUUCAGGGCGGCGAUCGUUCUGGCGCAGAGCGCUUACCAGGAUUCCUUGCAACUCCUGAGCGACGACACGUUCUCCAUUUACGACAUCCUUUCGAAGGACUUCCUGCUGGCCUCCGUGCUCCCCGUGCUCAUUCCGUACGCAAUUCCGGUCACGUUUUCUCUGUUCAGGGAACUAUUCAGAAGCAUUAAAUUAGCGAAGGAGAAGCAGAAGGUGGACUGA